AUAACCUAUUUUGAUCAAUAAAUUGAUUUUUCAAAAUAAAAAUACAAAUAUUAUUUCAUUGUGACUUAAAAAAUUAGAUUAAGCAUAUCUUUCACUUCCUUUCUCCACAAAUUCUUCAUCUUUUUGCACUUUUGGAUUAUAAUAAUCAAUCAAGCUGGAGAAAAACAUGACAGAGUUAAGAAGUAGUCGUGUAUUUCCGCAAACAUUACAGCCAACGGGAAGGACAGUAUGGGAGCUGGAUUUAAAUACAUUAUCAUGUGGAAUGAAUGAAGAAAAUGACCAACAAGAAAUCACAUCAACUGAUUCAAAUAUCCUGACUGAAAGUGGUGGCUCAGAGAUGUUGCUGUUCAGGAAUCCAAUGGAUGAUGAAGAUUUAGAUAUUUUUGAUUGCUUCAAGUCAGGCGAGAUUAAUGAAGUGGAGAAUUUAGUUGAUAAGUUAGGACCAGAAAUAUUAAGUUCACGUGAUAAGCACGGCUAUACAAUUGCACAUUGGGUGUGCUUGGAUGGAAAUGCUGAACUUUGUCGUUAUCUUAUCGAGAAAAAUGCACCAAUUGACUUACCUUGUUUAGGAAUUCAAGGACCACAUCCAAUACACUGGGCAGCACGUAAAGGACACACAGCAAUUAUUCAGCUUUUACUUCAAACAGGUCAAGUGAAUGUCAAUACUGCUGAUUUUAAAGGAUUGACUCCACUCAUGACUGCUGCUAUGUAUGGAAAAAUGAUUACAGCUUGCUACUUGCUUGGUAUGGGUGCACAACAUCAUUUGACAGACAUAAAUGGUGAUGCAGCUAUUCAUUGGGCUUCUUAUAAAGGACAUGCUGAAAUUAUUCAAAUUUUAAUUAAUUCUGGUGUUGAUUUAUCAAAAACUGAUAAUUUUGGAUCCACGCCUUUACACCUAUCUUGCUUGUCUGGAAAUAUUCAAUCAGUUAAAUUGCUAUGUCAAAAAAGGAAUUUAGAUCUUCAACCAAAGGAUAAGAAUGAAAAGACACCAUUAAUGCUAGCACAAAGUCAUCGUCAUUAUGAGAUUGUAAAGCUAUUGCAGAAUGAAAUGAAAAAGAAGUCUCGUUGGUUUCCAGCAUUUUCAGAAGUUUGGGGAUGGCUGUUUGGUGGAGCUGGAAAUUCUAAAGGACCUUUGUUCCUCUUUUUAGUUUCUGUACUACUGUGGGGAUAUCCAAUGUACAUCAUUCGUUGCAUUCCAAUCACAUGGAAUACAUUAAGACGUUCUCACUAUGUCUUUAUUUAUUGGAACUUGUUGAUGUGGGCUAGCUGGAUUAUAGCUAAUCGAAAGAAUCCUGGUUAUAUUCCAAUGAACUCAGAUUCAUAUUAUCAAGCAAUAAAGCAAAUUCCUUAUUUGGAUAAAUGGAAAAAGCGGUCAUGCAAUGCGAUAUUGUCACGAUUGUGUCAUAGCUGUAGAUGCUUAAGACCAAUGAGAGCUAAACAUUGUAGGAUUUGCAACAGAUGUGUUCAGUCUUUCGACCACCACUGUGCAUUCAUUCAUAAUUGUGUUGGCCUCAAAAAUCGUGUCUGGUUUUUCCUGUUCGUGUUAUCAAUUGCUGUGAACUGCUCAUUCACCAUUUACUUUACCUGUUAUUGCGUUAUGAUUGAAGGAUUUACGUUACUCUAUGUUCUUGGUCUGUUGGAAGCAUUCUUCUUCUGUGGAUUAGGAUGGAUAUUGACAUGCACAUCUAUUCUUCAUGCCUGCAUGAAUCUCACAACAAAUGAAAUGUUCAAUUACAAACGCUACCCAUACUUGCGUGACAAACGAGGACGUUAUAACAACCGCUUCUCACGAGGAAUUGUUAUGAAUUUAUUUGAAUUUGUUCUAAUGCGUCCUGUCGAUGAAGAAAUGUUUUUAGACGAGCAACUUUGAAAAUCACUCAAAUCGUUGAGGUCAUCAAGAUCAACACUUUAUUCCGAAUAAAUCUUUUUUUGAAAUUAUCACAAUCUCACUUUUGAGCUUUAAAAACAUGCUUUCAACAAAGUUUGAUCCUCAUGAUUUACAACGAUUUCACGUGAUGAACAAUAUUAAUCUUAUUGCACGAAAAAACGACUUUAUAGCCUAAAUAAUUUAACUCAAAAGACAAGGAAUUUGAAGGCUUCUGGUAGUGUUAAGAAUUUAUAUUGGGAACGAAUGACGGCAUUUGUUAAUUGUAGAAUGUGAUUUGAAGCUUAGAAUUCCUUUUCUUUUUGAGGGUAUGUCAAGCUACUCAUGAUUUUUAAGUUAGGAUAUUGAAGAUAAUUCAAUAAAUUUGAUCCUAAUCAUUAUUGUAAUCUGAAGGAUGAAGCAAUGUCAAUCAACAACUAUUAACAGACAUUUUCUGCUAGCUGCUAAAGGGGACGUUCACUUAUGAUGUCCAGAGAGGGGGGGUUGCAAGAAAAGAACAAUAGAAAUUCCUGGAAAUCCAUUGUUCUUUUUAAAAAAUUACCGUUAAUUUCGGGCGUCAUAAGUGAACAAUCUCUAAGGUUAAAUACCAGUAAAGUACACUUCUAGAUUUUAAAAGCUCAAUCUUACAAUGUAUUUCUCUAACUUCAAUUAUAUGAGUAGCUUGAAUUUAUUAGAUAUGAUUAAAUUUGAAUGUUUUAUCUAUUCUAUUGAAAUUUUAUAUAAAAAAAAAAUUAUAAGCC